UUUCAGAAUCCCAAAACUCCUCCUCUCAGCUCCAGAAUGGCUAUUACUUGCAUGGACAUCCCGAAGUUCCUCUUCGCUCUUCUUCUCCCGCCAGUUGGUGUCUUCCUCGAGAAAGGCUGCACCCAUCACCUCGCCAUCUGCAUUCUGCUCACAAUUCUCGGCUACAUUCCCGGAAUCAUCUACGCCUGUUACAUCAUUCUUGCCUAUUAAAUUUCCAUUACUUAUUCUUCUAAUUGCAAAUCUCAUGUACAUUUACCGAAGCUCUGCGGGCACAUAUUCAUGAAUAAAUUUCCGAAUGACUUU